UCUUUUCGGUGGAUUUCUUAAUUUUAGCGCGUGUUGUUUGUUUCAAUGUGAGAGCGAGCGUUAGAGAUGUAAUCUCCAGAAAGCAAAAGGUUUGUGACGGAGAAUCCAUAGGCUACAGUCUAACCAAGGUUACCAAAUUUGGAAAUAUUAAUAAGGAGAGAACUACUCUUGACCACAGUGAAAGUUUUCGGGGAUACGUUUGCACAGUCUAUGGGAAGAAAAAGGUUACUUCGUCUACCCUAACACUUCAUGGAAAGAGCGCGAAAACAAUUAAAUGCCAUCGCUCGUGACAUGACGAUUGUGUUGAGUGAGUGCUGGUAGCGUCUGGAGAAGCUACAGUAAGUCUUUCCAGUUCUGGUUACCUUUUAUAGCUGUCCUUUGGUCGCUACCUGUUGUUUUGUCUUAUAUGGAAUGACUGUCGGAUUGUAGAAUUAUUUUAUGCUUCGUCAAGAAGACUGGAAGAAACUAACGGUUGUGUGAGAUGGCCUAACAACCAUGUCUCAGCUCUACUACCGUCGCACGGACAACUCUUCAUACCGGGACCGCAUCCCACUGCGGAUAGUCCGGGCCGAGUCGGAGCUUUCGACCCAGGAGAAGGCGUACCUGAGCGCGGUCGAGAAGGGCGACUACGCCAGCGUCAAGCAGGCACUGGAGGAGGCUGAGAUCUACUUCAAGAUCAACAUCAACUGCAUCGAUCCACUGGGACGCACAGCUCUCCUCAUAGGCAUCGAGAAUGAGAACCUCGAGAUCAUCGAGCUCCUGCUCAGCUACAACGUCUACGUUGGUGAUGCCCUGCUUCACGCCAUACGCAAGGAGGUGGUGGGGGCUGUGGAGCUGCUGCUUAACCACAAGAAGCCCAGUGGAGAGAAACAGGUGCCUCCGGUGCUGCUGGACAAGCAGUUCUCUGACUUCACCCCGGACAUAACCCCCAUCAUCCUGGCAGCGCACACCAACAACUAUGAGAUCAUCAAGAUGAUCGUCCAGAAGGGCGUCUCCGUGCCGCAGCCGCACGAGGUGCGCUGCAACUGCGUGGAGUGCGUGUCCAGCUCGGACGUGGACAGCCUGCGGCACUCGCGCUCGCGCCUCAACAUCUACAAAGCCCUGGCGUCGCCGUCCCUCGUCGCUCUGUCCAGCGAGGACCCUUUCCUCACCGCCUUCCAGCUCAGCUGGGAGCUGCAGGAGCUCAGCAAGGUGGAGAACGAGUUCAAGGCCGAGUACGAGGAGCUGUCGCGCCAGUGCAAGAAGUUCGCCAAGGAUCUGCUGGACCAGACGCGCAGCUCCCGUGAGCUGGAGCUCAUCCUCAACUUCCGCGACGACAACAACAUGCUGCAGGACGAAAAUCACAACGAGCUGGCGCGUCUCAAGCUGGCUAUCAAGUACCGCCAGAAAGAGUUUGUGGCCCAGCCUAACUGCCAGCAGCUGUUGGCAUCGCGCUGGUACGACGAGUUCCCCGGCUGGCGGCGGCGCCACUGGGCGGGCAAGUUCCUGACCAGCAUCUUCAUCGGCCUCCUCUUCCCCCUCUUCUCCAUCUGCUACCUGGUGAUGCCCAAGAGUCGCUACGGCCUCUUCAUCCGCAAGCCCUUCAUCAAGUUCAUUUGCCACACGGCCUCCUACCUCACCUUCCUCUUCCUCCUGCUCCUCGCCUCCCAGCGAAUCGUCUCCUACACCGACCCCAACCGACAGGGCCCAGUGCCCACCACGGUGGAGUGGAUGAUCCUGCCCUGGGUGGUGGGUUUCAUAUGGACAGAGAUAAAGCAGAUGUGGGAUGGGGGCUUUCACGACUACAUUCACGACUGGUGGAACCUCAUGGACUUUGUUAUGAACUCCCUCUACUUGGCAACCAUAUCUCUGAAGAUUGUGGCCUACGUGAGGUGGCCGAUGAAUGCAGAUUGCGUCCAAAUUCACACCCCUCCUUCUCAGUUGAAUUGCUCACGGAGUACUGGUCAUAAAGAUAGCACACUCAUAUCAUGUUACAGCGGCGUGAAGGAGCGCGGCAAGUGGGAGAUGUGGCACCCCACGCUGGUGGCCGAGGCGCUGUUCGCCAUCGCCAACAUCUUCAGCUCGCUGCGCCUCAUCUCGCUCUUCACGGCCAACUCGCACCUGGGCCCGCUGCAGAUCUCGCUGGGCCGCAUGCUGCUGGACAUCCUCAAGUUCCUCUUCAUCUACUGCCUGGUGCUGCUGGCCUUCGCCAACGGCCUCAACCAGCUCUACUUCUACUACGAGUUCAAGGACGGCUACGACGGCUGCAAGGGCAUCCGCUGCGAGCGGCAGAACAACGCGUUCUCCACGCUGUUCGAGACACUCCAGUCCCUGUUCUGGUCCAUAUUUGGUUUGAUCAGCUUGUAUGUUACCAAUGUCCAACCUGACCAUGUGUUCACGGAGUUCGUGGGGGCCACCAUGUUUGGCACAUACAAUAUCAUCUCGUUGGUGGUGUUACUCAACAUGCUCAUUGCAAUGAUGAACAACUCCUACCAGCACAUUGCCGAUCAUGCCGACAUUGAGUGGAAAUUUGCUCGAACCAAGCUGUGGAUGAGCUACUUUGAAGAGGGGGGCACGUUGCCGCCCCCCUUCAACAUCAUCCCCAGCCCCAAAUCUGCCUGGUACUUCAUCCAGUGGAUCAGGCGGAACAUCUUCAAGAAGAGGGAUAAACUGACAGAGACAUUUGGAUCCUUGGGGCGGAAAGCUGCAGAAAAUGUCAGAAUAAAGCACCAGUAUCAGGAAGUCUUGAGAAGCUUGGUGAAACGGUAUGUGGCAGCCAUGAUCAGAGACGCAAAGACUGAAGAAGGCCUGACAGAGGAAAACUUUAAGGAGCUGAAGCAGGACAUCUCCAGCUUUCGCUAUGAGGUGCUGGGCAUGAUGAAGGGCAAUCGGAGCUGUGUGCCGGCCCUGAGCCCCCGAGAGGCCGCCUGCAGCUUCAGCCAUCCGGACCACCUGCUUCCCUACGCCUUGCCCCCAGCCGCCCUGGGACCCAGCUCCCCGACAGCCAAGCUCAACCUGUACGAGGUCACCACUAUUCUGCAGCACCACCACCAUCACCACGGCCCGGAUGCGGGAGAGCCCGUUAGCAACCUGGCUAACGGCACGGCUAACCCCCCGUGGAACGAGACGUGCUCGUCUUCCGAGGCCCUGUGCUCUGCCGCCUGCGGGCCCGCUUCCUCCUCUUCCUCCUCUUCCUCCGCUUCCUCCCGAGAGCGCACAUCCAGAAAAGACUUCCCCAAGGACAUCUCCAACUUUGGACUGUUCCAGAAGAGUCAAGGCAAGAAGCGUGCCCAGUGCCCUAGCCAAAGUAGCAUUUACUCACUGUCUGAAGAGGCGGACGAGUUGGACAGGGAGAAGACAGAUGAAAAAGGUGGGGAAGAACAGGAGGAGGUGGAGGAGGAGGAGGAGGAGGAGGAGGAUGACGCAGAGGGAGAUGAAGAGACACAGCCCCUGCCUAUCCAGGAGGAAAGAGAGAAGAACAAACGGAUGAGCAGAGAGGAGGAGGCACAGGAAGCGGAGGAAGAUAAUGAUGAUGGGAUGAAAGGAGCAAUGAGGGAGAAAGAGAAACUUACCCGUUCUUGAGGAAGCUGCAGGAGGGAUCAGAAAACUCCCCCUGUGGAUGGAAUAGAACUCGGCAGGAGCGGAGGAACAAAUUGGAAGUUUUUGGAAGGGCACGGGUGGACAUGGGAUACACCACUGGAAAUGGCACAACCUUUUGAGGAGGCAGACCUGGAAGGUUGUGCUUUUAUUGUCUCAGGGAAUUGUGUAAAGUUGUAUUCUUGAGUAUGGAGCAUAAGAUAUCUAGGAUGCCCAAAAUGCCACUCGUCAUAGGAACUAUGUUCUGAGGGAGUAGUGCACAAACGAACGAAAGUGGUCAGAAUAUCAGAGAAUGUACUCUUCAAGGUGUCAACCAUUCCGAGCAAUAGCUACUGUGAACUUUCCACAAACCCUGUACUUUGCUGCCCCUGCUGGACGCCGCUCUUUUUGCACAACAGCAUGCCUGAAUAAUGACCCCCUUCAGACUCAAUCAAAAGGGGCGCAGAAGCCGUUUUGAUCUCAGAGGCAAAUCCAAUUAGGACUCUCUUGGAGCUGCUGUGUGACAUGGUGGCCACGGAAUACGACCUUGCCCACAUCUAACCCUGUUAAAGUUUGCCUGCGUCAUUUCUUCCUUAUUGUCAGGCCAUGAGUUUCCGAUGAUCAAAUGAUAAGUAGGACUUCUAUGAUUUCCUGAUAAUGUCUAUGCAAAAGGAUUAGAUUUCCAUAACUGGCUUCAGUAGCUACUGGAAGAAAACCACAGAUUGCUCUCUCGUUAACCUCUUUGCAGGUAUUAAUAUCAAUUCAAGCUCUUAGAAUUUCUUCAUAAUACUCCUCUGUUAUUGGAAAUGUAGUGUGCUUAUAAGUAAGAAAAUUAACAGAUAAUGUAUUUGUAUAGCUAUAUAUGUAUAAUUAUAUAGCUUUGAUUUCAGACUGUUAAAACGCUGAAUUCUAUAAGCCGUUCCAGUUGUUCUAAAGAUUUUAUAAUGUAAGUUAAAGUGGAUGCAAAUUGGUCAACUCAUCAAGUCAAUCAAAUGAAUCAAUAAACGAUAGAUGUACAACCAUAUGCAUGCCUAUAAA